CACACAGUGUGCCCAUAAGCAAAGAGACGCUCCUCCAGCGCCAAAACUCUCUCAGACUCCUGAAGUAGGAGCGACUCAGCUGCAGCUUCUGUUUUCAGAAACAGGCGCCCCUCAGGAACAGCUCGGGCUCAAGAGGCUCCACAUGAUUUUGGACUGUCUCAUCAUCAUCAUGCAGCGAUUCUGCAACUUGGGGCUUUUCUGACAGGAUUCUGCUGUAUGUUCUUUUUUUAAGUUUUUGUUCUUUUUUGGCAGUUUGUAGUUGAAAUGCACCGGCUCUGCCAACCUUUGUGAAGCUUUUAUUUUAUUUUUUUAUCUUUAACCAAGGGAGCUGUGUGGAAACUUGAGACUUUAAUUUAAACUGAUCCACAAGUUGGAUCUCCCUGUGGAAAGAGACAUGGCUCUUAUUUCAUGAGCUGAUUCUGCACCCAUGGACCUUUUCAAGACACUGUUGGGGUAAAGAGGUGAGACUUUUCCCCUUCAGCUUAUGGACUGCGCGCAGUGGGACUUUGUCAAGCCGUGCGUAAAAAAGCCGUGCGUAAAAAUAACACUGGCCACGGCGGCUCUCUGUCUCCCGUCGCCGGACGCGUGACAUUUAAAACCCGACGAAGUCCUCCGGAUCUGUCCCGUCUGCUUCCUUCCAUGCUGCUCUCUCCUGUCAUCCAGUGCAGACGCUUCGUCGUGGCUUCGAGUCUCCGGGGUAACCAUGACAACCCAAAGAAACCCAAAGUGAAUCCGAUGAGCGGGGUGAGGCAGCAGAGUGCCUGAAUAGGCUGGAGUUUUCCCCAUUCUUGGCGUUUUCUUUUCCUUUUUUUUUUCUUUUUAAGGGUUGUUUUUGUUCAGAUCUGACGCUUCUUUCAAAGCUGCAGAGUUGCAUCCUUCAUUACAAAAGCUGAAGGAGUUGAAGUGUCACCCAAACCCACAGAGGUCUAUUAAAAGUCUCGCCUUGCUUGUGGCUGAACUUCUACUCUUUAUGAAGCCUUGCAGACGUCGCAGUAACCCUGAAAAGAACUGAAGUGAUUUCCUUCCCCCCCAACCCCCCAAACAACUCGAGAACAGAACCAGAGGAGUAAUGGGUCUGUCCCAAACGCUGCUCGUUUACGCGCUGGUGUGCGUCCACCUCGGAGUGUCCCAGCACUUCCUGCGCCUCCGCCCGUCGCCCAGCGACCACCUCCCCGUCCCUGAGCUGAAGGAGGACCCCGACCCGGAGUAUGACCCCCGGGAGCAGGACUUGGCCGAGAGGACUCUGAGGAAAAAGCUCGGCAGCAACUUUGACCCCAACUUCAUGUCCAUCAGCCUGCCGGCGGUGAACAUCUCCGCGCCAGAAGCCCUGGGGAAGCCGGGGGCCAUGCCUAACGAGAUUAAAAAACUGGACCUCAACGAGACCCCCUACGGGAAGCGGGUAAAAGUGGGCAAGAAGGCCCGCAGGAAAUUCCUGCAGCUGCUGUGGACCUACACGUUCUGCCCUGUGGUGUACACCUGGAAGGACCUGGGCGUGAGGUUCUGGCCGCGCUACAUCAAGGAGGGCAACUGUUUCUCCGAGCGCUCGUGCUCCUUCCCGGAGGGGAUGUCCUGCAAGCCCGUCAAGUCGGUCACCAAGAUCUUCCUGCGGUGGUACUGCCAGGGCUUUCUAAGACAGAAAUACUGUACGUGGAUACAGGUGCAAUACCCGGUCAUCUCAGAGUGCAAGUGCUCGUGCUGAAGGAGGUGCGGAGGUGUGCCGGAGGAGGGGGGGAGGGGGGAUUUCUAUUGCACUGUUAACUCUCUACAGAGGUGGGCACCAUACAGAUCUAUUUUUUUAUAUUCUAUAACAUUUUACAGUGAAAAUACCAACAUUGUACAUAUUUAAAGGACGAAUAAUGCAGCUAUUUUUUUUCUUCUAAAUGAACUUGGACCAUAUUUUAUCUUCAACCCUGAACAUUGUUUGUUUUCUUUUUUUGUUCUGUUUUGUUUCUUGGGGCAGGGGUGCUAGGAGAGCACUUCACCAGGAAGAGCAU